AUGUCUGCCCCCGGCGACGGCGGCGCCAUGCCUGCGCCGCCGCCGAAGCCGCGCCUGAAAAUCAACGUCAGCCGCUCCUCGUCCUUUGCCGCCGCCGCGCCCGAUGCCUCGACCGCCGCGACUCCCGGUCCGGCAGCGAGCGGCACCCAGCGGACGCCCGCCUCCGCGACCCCGACCAACGGCGGUGCCGGCCCCCGCAAAGUCAAGCUCAAGAUCAGCUCUUCGCAACCCCCGACGCCCUCCCUAGACAAGGACAAGGCCCCUCCAGCGCCGCCGCCCGCCGCUGCGCCUGUUGUCAAGACAAAGGCCGGCCGCCAGCCCAAGCCCACGCAGAAGCUCGUCGAGAGCAAGAAGCGAACGCACGACGAUGACGAGGACCUGCCGCUGGCCGUCUCCGCCGGAGGCCCCCCAACCACCAAGAUCAAGAUCCGCCAGUCCAUCGGAGUCUCCAAGGCCGGGCCAACCCAAGUCGUUCUCAAACCGCGCGGACGCCCACCGCUCCACCCACCCGGCGACGGAUACGACUCCGAGGCCAGCGACAGGGAAAUCGACCCGGCCAUCGAGGAGCAGUUCAUCUUGCGCAUGCCCCCGGGUGAGCACUGCGAGUACGUCCGCUGGUGCAUGGACAACGGCAAGAUGGGCGUGCCGCGCAGCCAGGGCGGCGCCGACAUCUCCCUCAAGUUUUUCGACGAGGAGUCGCGCCGCGCCAUGGUCACCGUCAAGGGCCAGCACUUUGCCGCCGUCAUGGUCGACCUGCCCACCAUCACCGAGGCCAUGAAGACGUGGGACAAGAAGUCCUUUAUGAAGUCGGCCGAUAUCUGCCAGAUGCUGCUCGCCUUCCAGACGGUCAAGGACGAUGCCGAGGCCAAGACGGCUCCGCUGCCCACCAUGAUCGACCCCAACUUCAAGUGGCCUCACGGCCUCACCCCUCCCAUGCACGACUGCGUCAACCGCCGCUUCGCAAAGACCAUCAGCCGCAAGGAAAUCGAGGACAAGGAAGCUGAGGUCGAGAGGCUUCUCGCCGAGGAUGCGAAGGCCGCGUCCACGAAGUGGGAAUGGGUCGAUGAGCGCCAGCGCGAGGCUGAUGAGGACUACGGCGCCGAUGAGGACGCCGAGGGCGAGGUCGACGACUCCGCCGCCAUGGGCUACUUCGGCGCCCAGGACGCCGGCGACGUCGCCGACGGCGCUGUGGACGACCACGACGACCUCGAGGCCGACCUCGAGGCCGCCUUUGCCGACGACGGCCUCGCCGAUACACCUGCUACGGGCGGCGACAUGGCGACGCCCAUGACGACACAGGUCGAGACCCCCGCCGCUGGCCUGCACGAGAGCAUCGAGAACGACGAGUCGGAAGAGGACGACGACGACGACGACGACGACGAUGACGAUGAUGAUGACGACGACGAGGACCUCGACGAGGACCAGCGCGCCCAGCGCGACGAGAUGCAGGGCGUGCGCGACAUCAUCCACGACAUGACCAAGCAGCUCGCCCGCCGUAUGGAGGACUUGGGCAAGACCCACAACAAGAUUCUCCGCAGCCGCCUCGAGAACCAGAUCAAGCAGCUGAGGUCCGAGAUUGACCUCAAGAAAUCGUCCAUUGGCAUGGAGUUGGAUGACUAG